AUGGAACACCCAACCGGUGAGCAGGAUGAGCUCAACCUCGACCUCACCCUCUGCACCCCGGCCGCACCGCAGCCCGACGAGGGCUUCUUCCUCUGCGUGUACUGUGACCGUAAGUUCCGCAGCUCGCAGGCGCUCGGCGGCCACCAGAACGCGCACAAGCACGAGCGCAGCAUCGCCAAGCGCCAGCGGCUGAUCGCCGCCGCAACGCGCUCGCUCGCUGCCGGUGCGCCUGCUGCAGCGCAGGAAGAGGGCCAGACGGGGCAUGGAGGUUUCCUGCCUGCUGAUGGGAAGGCGAGGAGGACGGAGCCGCAGAAGCCUGCCGCUGUUGGAAAGGCGUGCGAGCUUGGCAGGACCUCGUCGGAGUACGGUGCCAUCGAGCGCGCCGACGACGUGGACUUGACUCUCAGGCUAUGAUAGA